CAGAUAACGACGGCCGGUCCAGCUUGGACUCGCAGGGCCGCGAUCCUAUAAAAGGGGGUCGACUUUCCCGUUCUGCGAUCUCAUCCUCUCAGACUAUCCCCCAUCCCCCAUACCCUCGGACUAUCAGUGCCUCCAGAGCUCCCUCGCCGCAACCAUACCAGGCGUGCUGCAUAUCGUUACCGAUCAUCUAUACACACACCCAAUGAUGUUCGCCCGACAGAUAAUAAGCGUGUUGGCGCUAGCGGCAUCGGCGCUGUGUGGCCCUAUCAUGGCACCCAGGGCGUCGAACGUCUGCGUGCUGAUCGAGGGCGACAACCCAUACAUCUUGGACCCCUUCAAUCGCCCACAGUGCGCUUGCGACUGUAUCAAGGUGGCUUGCCAACAGGCCGACCCAGCUCAGACCGACCUCUGUCUUCGCACGCCAUUCCCCAAUAGCGUCUUCCCUGACACUCUCGUGCGGCCCGACAUUGUGUCGCGUAGACGAGACCGGGCCUGGGUCUGACUCGGCGAGCAGGCGAGAACCCGGGAAAGGGGAAAGGGGGAGGCUGCGGUACCGACAUAGACGGAGUCGGGUGGACGAGGCUUGGCGAACGGGCAGGAUAUUAAUAACGUCCCGUCGCGAGGGCGUUUCCCUUCCCUUACGUCGUCCUCCAAGUGAAGAAAAUGAGGAUAGGGCGGAGAGAGCAUAAUACCAACGACGACGACGGGGAUAAAAGAAGUUGGUAACAUCGGAUAGCUCGUAUGUGUACGCAACCACGCCGCGCGGCAGUAAUAACAAUAUGCUAGUAUUCGCAAGCAGCGCACCUCUGCCGUGCUGUGAUGAUGCGCUUGCGAGAAGGCAGCAUUCCGUACUCAGCGUUGUGCAAUUAAGGCAACUUCUAUCUUCCUUAGGCUGUGCGGUAUCCAAGUAUACCACAACCACAGCUUCCCAACAUUCUUCUCCCUCUCCUUCCCUCGUGAACCCCGUCCA